AUUUAUCUCAUCAACUUGAGAGUUUCUUUCAUUUAUCCUUAGAAGAAGCAAAAACACUCUUAUUAUUUGUUGCAACAAUGGCCUCAGCUAUAGUUGACAAUAAUUUUGUGAACCAUAUUGAAGAAGAAGAAGAGAUCAUUCGCCCCGUCGCCAACUUCGCUCCAAGUCUAUGGGGCAAUAGUUUCCUUUCUUUCUCCAUCAACAAUCACGUAGUUGAACAAAUGUAUGUUCAAGAGAUUGAAGUGUUGAAGGAACAAACAAGGAGUAUGUUGUUAGAUACUGGAAGGAAAUUGGUUGAGACAUUGAAUUUGAUUGAUGUUAUUGAACGUCUUGGCAUAGCCUAUCACUAUGAAAAAGAAAUCGAUGAUAUCUUGAAAAAAAAUUUCAAUGACAAUUCAAACUUUGACGAAGAUGACUUUAAUGAUUUAUGCACCUGUGCUCUUCAAUUUCGAUUGCUUAGGCAACAUGGUUACAAGAUCUCUCUUAAAAUUUUCAGCAAAUUACAAGAUGAAAAUGGCAAACUCAAGGAGUCUCUUGCGAGUGAUGUCUUAGGAUUAUUGAGCUUGUAUGAAGCUUCACAUGUAAGGACUCAUGGUGAUGACAUCUUAGAAGACGCACUUGCUUUCUCCACUACUCAUCUUGAGUCCGCAGCUCCACAUUUGAACUCUCCUCUUAAGGAGCAAGUGACACAUGCCCUUGAGCAAUCUUUGCACAAGGGUAUUCCUCGAGCUGAGACUCGAUUCUUCAUCUCAUCAAUCUACGAGAAGCAGGAAACAAAGAAUGAUGUGCUACUUCGAUUUGCCAAAUUGGAUUUCAACUUGCUCCAGAUGUUGCACAAACAAGAACUUGCUGAAGUAUCAAGGUGGUGGAAAGAUUUGAAUUUCAUGGCAACACUUCCAUAUGCUAGAGAUAGAGCAGUUGAAUGCUACUUUUGGACAUUAGGUGUCUAUUAUGAGCCUCAAUAUUCACAAGCUCGCAUCAUGCUUGCUAAGACCAUAGCUAUGAUUUCAAUUGUUGAUGACACCUUUGAUUCUUAUGGUACAGUCAAAGAACUUGACACUUACACCAAUGCCAUACAAAGAUGGGAUAUCAGUGAAAUUGAUAGACUCCCUGAUUAUAUGAAAAUCAGUUAUAAAGCUCUUCUACAACUUUAUGAAGAUUAUGAAAAGGAAUUGUCUAGCAAUGGAAGAUCUCAUGUCGUUUAUCAUGCAAAACAAAGAAUGAAAGAAAUAGUGAGGAGUUAUAAUGUCGAGGCAAGAUGGUUUAUCAAAGGAUAUAUGCCACUUGUUUCUGAGUAUCUAAGCAAUGCAUUAAUAACUAGCACUUAUUACUUGCUCACAACAACAUCAUAUUUGGGCAUGAAGUCUUCUACAGAACAGGAUUUUGAGUGGUUGUCAAAGAAUCCUAAAAUUCUUAAAGCUAAUGCGACUAUAUGUCGAGUUAUUGAUGACAUAGCCACAUAUGAGGUCGAGAAAAGUAGGGGACAAAUUGCAACAGGAAUUGAGUGCUACAGGAGAGAGUAUGGUGUAUCAACUGAAGAGGCAAUGAUUAAAUUUAGUGAAAUUGCUGAAGCAGCAUGGAAGGAUAUUAAUGAAGGAAUGCUAAGGCCCUCUUCUGUAACUAUGGAGUUUUUAACUCCUAUUCUCAAUCUUGUUCGUCUUAUUGAUGUUGUAUAUAAACACAAUCAAGAUGGAUAUACUCAUCCGGAGAAAGUUUUAAAACCUCAUAUUGUUGCCCUUCUUGUGGACUCCAUCAAAAUUUGAGCUUCCAAUAGUUGAGAAAGUACAAAAUAUGUUGUUAAAUAAAGUUGCACUUCCUAACUAGGACCUCCUUAAACCCUCGUAAGAAAUAAUGCUACAAGCUUCUUUUGUUCUUUAUGUCAGAAUGUCUGGAGUUUCUACUUGGUAUGGUCCAUAAGUGACCCCACUAUUUUGUAAUCAUCAUGUAUAUGAUCUAUUAUAAUAUUAUGUCUUCUUAACGAAAAAAAAUAAAUUAAA